GAAUAAUAAUACACUACAAUAAUAAAUUUACUUAGAAAAUAAUUGUUAAGCAGGGAACAAAAUUCGAAAGAUGUCGGAACAAGCGAAUCAAGGCCGCAAACGUACUCAUGGAUCUCCCAUCGUGGGGGGGACAAAUGCUAAGCGAUCCCGUGUUCAGCAUACAGAACUGAUGGAUAUGCCGCCAGAGAUUCUGGAACGCAUCUUCUCCUGGGUUGAAUCUCCUCAGAGCUUGAUCAUAGCAUUGCAGGGAAUGCAGGACACCAAUCAGUACACCGAAUACAUGAUGCAUCGUCAUCGCUGCUUUGUGUAUGCCCAUCGCAUGCAACGGCGGGAGGGUCCACGAGAGCCCAUGAUUAGGGCCGCCUUGAUGGUCUUGCAAGCGGCCACAGACCACUUUAACCAGUGUGGCUAUGAGUCACAUUUUGUGUGUAACUUGGCCUCCUUCCAUGUGCGGAUGUCUGAGUCCACCUCGAACACCAUACACAUUCAUUUGAGGAAGUUCAUCUCCGAGUUCCUGCUCAGUGUGGAGAAGCCCUUGGGCAGCCAUGAAGGCAGCGCCCUAGCAGACUCCAAGAUGGGAGCACAACAGCGUCGCUUCCUCUUGAUGCUGACCCUGAUCAAUCUCCUCAGACAAUUUCGUUCCUUUACAAUCAUGAGUUCGGCCAUGAGGCUGAUGCAGUGGCACCUAAAGAUCGAGGUGCAGUCAAUAUUUUUGCGCGUAGGGUUUCAGCGCGUCACCCUUCGGGGCCUCGAGCACCACAUCCAUAUUUUGGGACUCAUUGCGGAGAUGCUUCUACAUGACCAGCUGAACGAUCCUUUCUACUCCUUCAAAACUGUCGACCAAUUUACCUAUGGCUACGGCCUGAAUGUGAGCAAAAAGCUGACCAGUUCCAUGGUCUUCAAUUUCAGUAUCCUGGCACCGCAGAGCACCCUUCUCCUGCUGCAGAAGGCCGUGGCCGGUGAGUUCGAUCCGUUGCAUGUUGCACACAUGACAGCCACUUCGGCAUUUAAUGUGCGCCUCGUGAUGACCAGCAAGAGCAAAUACCAGGCAUUUAGCGCUACGGACACCAUCAGCCUGCUGUUGGCGGCCUGAUCGGGGGACUGAUCAAUCAAUUGAAAUUAAGAAAGGGAAUCCCAAUGCACAUUUACCUUCCAUGCCAUUUGCAUUGGUUUCCACACUCACAUUUUUACUCAUCAAUCAAUCAUUAAUUGU